UAACAGGAAGUAACCUCGCCGUGUUGUAUUAGUUGUUGAUCACCAGAGAACAUUUUAAUGGGAAAAUAACGGUACACACAAAACAAUCAUGGAACGUGUACCCGCGCCGUUACGGUGCUUCAGCGAAUGGCACUCCUCGGAGAAGUUCACAGACGACGGAGUGGAGACGGUGACUUCAGUGGAGCAGAGAAAAGUCGAACGCAGUAUACAAGAAGUAAUCAGUGUUUACAAACAGAUACACAGCUUACCACAACCCACUCUAUUGAGAGACCAGCACUACCAGUACCUGAAGAAGGGAUUGCGUCAUCUCUCCGAUGCUUAUGCGUGUCUGGACGCCAGCAGGCCGUGGCUGUGCUACUGGAUCCUACACAGUCUGGAGCUGCUGGAGGAACAUGUCCCCACCUCCAUCGCCUCAGAUGUGUGUAAGUUCCUGGCGCGGUGUCAGAGUCCUACUGGGGGUUUUGCUGGAGGUCCAGGUCAAGCUGCCCACCUGGCUCCCACCUACGCUGCUGUCAACGCACUCUGUAUCAUCGGCACCCAGGAGGCAUACAACGUCAUAGACAGGGAGAAGCUGCUCUCCUUCCUGUUCUCUGUGAAGCAGCCAGAUGGGUCCUUUGUGAUGCACAUAGGAGGAGAGGUGGACGUCAGGAGUACGUACUGUGCUGCGUCAGUGGCGUCUCUCACCAACAUCAUGACACCUACACUGUUCCAGGACACGCCCACAUGGAUCGUCAGCUGUCAGAACUGGGAGGGGGGUCUAGGGGGCGUCCCGGGCCUGGAAGCCCACGGAGGGUACACCUUCUGUGGGACGGCUGCCAUGGUCAUCCUGGGGAAGGAGCACAUGCUGGAUCUCAAGACCCUGCUGCGGUGGGUGGCCAGCAGACAGAUGAGGUUUGAGGGAGGGUUCCAGGGUCGCUGUAACAAACUGGUGGAUGGCUGCUACUCCUUCUGGCAGGCCGGGCUGCUCCCCCUGCUACACAGAGCCCUCUUCAAAGAAGGGGACUCGACACUGAGCCUGCAGAAGUGGAUGUUUGAGCAGCAGGCAUUACAGGAGUAUAUCCUCCUCUGCUGUCAGAACACUGCUGGUGGACUGUUGGACAAACCUGGCAAAUCCAGAGAUUUCUACCACACCUGUUACUGUCUGAGUGGUCUGUCCGUAGCACAGCACUUUGGCAACAUGGACCUGCACCACGAGCUGAUCGUCGGCCGGGAGGAGAACAGACUGGCCCCGAGCCACCCUGUUUACAACAUCUGUCCAGAGAAGGUGGCCCAGGCCAUCCAACACUUCCACCAGCUGUCCGUCCCCGUGCCUGCACAGAAAGAGGGGUCCUCGGCCUAACCAUUUACCGAUUGGAGAGUAUGGGCAUGUCUACGCGAGUGUUACAGGAGAUGGACCUAAGCAAGGCGCUGUGCAGAAUCACUAAGCUGCAGCACGGCACAGACCCUUUCCCUCCAACUCAUUUAAUACAUCUUGGAGGAGGCAACCAUUGAUACGGGGUCAGAUAUUUUUCCAUUCUGCUAAUGAUUCAGGGUAGGGUAAAUCUGAUCCUAGAUCUAUGGCUAAGGGAACUGUAUGUUGAGUGGUACUGUGCUGUAUGCUUGCUAAAGAGUGGGGCUGCACUUGUGUGCAGGGAUCCAACAGAGUGAUCGCUGGUCUACAGCAGACAAAGAAAGGAUUGUGAGAAAUGUCAGAAUUAGGGCUGUCCAAAUAAAGGCCUGAAUAAAAAUAUUUGGAAUCUUG